AUGGCUGCAGACGCCGACGCAGAUGCCAUCGCAGACUGCGUGCUCCGGGCCUUUGCUCAGCUACCUGAAAAGCGGAAGCCGAGACCCCGCCACGAUGGCGCAAGGGAAUGGGUACCCCUCGCCGGAAUCGUCUUAUCUAAAGGUGGCGCUCUAUCAUGCGUAUCGUUAGGAACUGGCAUGAAAUGUCUCCCCUCCAACAAAUUACCCCUCGCACACGGCAACAUCCUCCACGACUGGCACGCCGAAGUCAUAGCGCUCCGAGCCUUCAACCGCUACCUUAUAGACGAAUGCAUUCUCAUCUCGACGCCGCCUUAUCCAACAUCCGACUUCCUUCGGCGGCUGUCGCCUGACGAACAUUCCGAAAGUCUACGCCAGCCGUUCACUAUCCGAGAAGAUGUGUCCAUCCACAUGUACUGCUCUGAAGCUCCCUGUGGAGAUGCCAGCAUGGAGCUCACCAUGGCUGCGCAGGAAGAUGCAACGCCGUGGACUAGUGCACCACCAACUCUAUCUACCGGAUCUGAUGCAGUUGACCAAGUAGAAACAUUGGCUCUCCGGGGUCGAUCGAACUUCUCUCUUCUAGGCAUUGUCCGCGCAAAGCCUUCGCGACCUGAUGCCCCGCCUACGCUGAGCAAAUCUUGCACCGACAAAUUGGCAGUCAAACAAGCUACCUCCUUGCUGUCAUCUACAUCAUCUCUACUAAUCAGUCCUCGGAAUGCUUAUUUGGAGACCUUGGUUCUACCAGACUCCCAAUACGUACCACAAGCAUGCGAGCGGGCCUUCUCCUCCUCAGGUCGUCUCAACAAUCUCGACCCAAAGCAUACCACCGAGUGGAAAGGCGGCUAUCGUUUCCAACCGUUCAAUAUCCUUCCAACAACCCGCGAGUUCACGUGGUCACGCCGCGCAUUAUCUGUUACCGAAAAAGCCGUGCCGAGUAAUCUCUCCGCUGUGUGGACGCCAGGCUGGCAGGAGACUUUGAUCGGCGGUGUGCUGCAGGGCCGGAAGCAACUAGACCCCCGGGGAGCAAGUAGGAUAUGUCGGAAGGGACUAUGGAUGGAAGCUCUUCGUUUAGCAGGAUUAUUGGGUGGAGCGGUGGCGGCUAGUGAGGCACUUCGCAUGAAGACGUAUGCGGACCUGAAAAAGUCUGAAGAACUGGAGGAGAGAAUCAAAGUCAAAGAUGACAUACGCAAAGCACUGAAGGGAUGGGUAAGAAAUACUGGUGACGACAAAUUCUCCUCAGAAGCCCCGUGA